AUGACAGCACAAGAAUCCGUUACCAUUCUGUUUAAUGCAUUUUAAAUCUGCAUGAAGGGGAUGAAAGACAGGCUAUAAAAGCAGAACUACAGGUGUCAGUGUCAGAUUUAGAGCAGCAGAUUUGAUUUGAAAUCUUUUAGCGCUCUAUGUUGCUUCAUCAUUUUGCAGCGUAGACUCUGGUUCCACCAUGUUUUUGAAAAGAAACACCCAGCUGCUGGUUUUUGUACUCUGUUCUCUGACCUUGUGGUGCAAGUCGACCAGUGCAGGCUCCAGUUUCCUCAGCCCUUCACACAAACCUCCGAACAAGGGGAAACCUCCAAGAGCCGGCCGCCAAAUCACAGAGGAGCAGAGUCAACCCACCGAGGAACAGCACAUCACGCAGGUGAGUGCCCCAUUUGAAAUUGGCAUCACCAUGACACCAGAGGACUUUGAGGAGUACGGCGUGUUGCUGCAGGAGAUCGUUCAGCGCCUGCUGGGAAACACGGAGGCAGCAGAGAGACCAUCUUAACUUGGAAUAUUAUGGACAAGAUUUGCAGAUUUACCUUUUUAUUUCUUUAAAUUUCUAGAGUGAUUAGAUAGUGAUCAUUAAAAUAUGAAUAAAAAUGUCAGUUGCCUUAAACAUUGUUACUCACACUGUUGGUAGUUAAUCUGUACCAUUAACCGAUGUUCAUCAAGUGCGUCUAUGAGUAUGUCAAUAUUCAGCUUUCAACCACAUCUCAGUGCCACCGUUAGUGAAAGAUCGUUGUUAAAAAUAAUAAAGUUAAUAUCAAUUCAAUAUUGAUAUUUAUAUAUAAAACUAGAGUUUUAGUUUAUUUGUCAAACUAUGGUUCUCAUACAUAAAUUUAGGUCACCGCCAUAUAUUUUAUUUUCAAAACUCACUUGCUGCAGUACAGAAUAUAACAAAUAACUCUUUAUUUGUCUUCAGAGACUUACAUGUGGUAUUAAAAAUAAAGCAUCAACUGACAUUUCGUCUCCGUCUCAUAUCUGAGAAGGUCCAGGUUAUGGGUGAAAUGAGGAAUUAGAAAGAAAUGGAAGAACAGAUUGGUUUGUUUUUUCCCUCUUAAU